UUGCCGCUGUGUUGGCAAAAGCUACAUUCCAACCAGCAUUUUGCCAGAAGUAGGCCUAGGGAAUCCUUGUACCAACUGCCUCCCUUUCCCUUCCCGCCGCCAGACAGUCACGUGUAUUACUGACCUGGGCCGACCUGCUGUAUCUAAAUAGGUCACCUCCCUCGUUUUCUCAGACGGAUAUCCGACGCAGCACCAUGUUAUUUGGAUGAGUUAAACUUACGCGUCGUUAAAUUGUCCCAUAUGUUAAAACGUCACUGAGAUCUGAUUCUACUUCUAUAUUGGAUCAAACUUUCUUUUCUGACCAUCGGAAUAUAUCUUCCUGCGCACUGAAUUUAAUACACAACAAUAUUGUGCUGGGUUUAAUAAUCGUUAUGUUGGGACUACUUUCAAACUGCCUUGCUGGAAGGAGCCGCCAUAGUUUAUUGUGGACGGUUGCAGUCACUUCAGACGGAUACGAUAUGUGAAUCACCAGUGGGCUGUUGAGUCUUUUGGUUCAGUUCGACUUGAUUUCAUAUUUGUUGGAUAUCUGCUUAUUUCAGUUUGUUCGUGGAUUUUAUAUGUGAUGCCUCAAUGGAGUGGGUCGUGAAAACAAGCAAAACCCACGGAACUCAUGUAGGGCUAUUUCGUGUUCGUGAGAGGACCAGUAGUAGUGCGUGUUGUUACUUUCUCAGUGUCUCCCAAUUCACGGAUGUAUAGCACAUGCUUACCCACGACAUAAUGGUGUCUUGACUUAAAAAAGAUGCGUAUUCUAAAGGCCUACGUUAUUAAUGUCGUGUCUCAAAUCUAAGUUAGAUUUAGGCCGACUUAUUUACUUUUUACAAUGAGUAAAUCACAUGUGAAAAAGGCCGUGAAUAGUGUGAAUGGCGAUGUCUCGGAUGAACACAAAAAAUCUCCGUCUCGUUCAAAACGUCAGCCUCACCAUCACCAGCAUCAUGCAGGACAAGACGUUGACGUGGGGAUUAAAAGUAAGAAAUCAGAAAAAGCAGACAAAGGUGAGGUGAUUGUUGAUAAAAACAAGAAGCAAGUUGUGAAUGAACAAUUGAAUGAAUUGCAAGAUUCGAGUGUGUUUUUGCGGCCCUCUCGCUCUUGUGCCACCAGGAGAUGCAUUUCAGAUAGCUUUUCAGUGAAGUCUGACAGCAAUAAUACUCCUUCUCCUAGUGCUAACAAUUCUGAAGCUGAUCUUGCCAAUAGUGUGAAAAGAUCUCCGGGUUCUCGCUCGAGAUACAAUUUUACUCCGUUGGUCAAUAGUUCUAUACCCUUCAAGGUGGGUGGAACGUCGGUUCGUCCCUGCCCAUCUAAAAUUGUAGAGCACGGGAAAAUAGAGAAAGAACUACGUGGUGGGGAUAGUGUAGACUCUAAUGUGCCUGUGAGAAUUGGAAGAAAGUCUCAGAAUUUAAGUAAAUCUCCACGUCGAAAACUUGAGCAUAUGAAGAAAAGUAUGCAAGGGAACAAGAGUGAAGUGUCACCAUCACGAAUGCCCACUGUGAAGGAGAGCACAGUGUCUGUUGAAGCGGGUGUGCCAUUGAAAUCUGUGGUGCCAGUUGUGGAAAAGACUGUGGAGGCUAGUGUACAAAUUUCAGAAGCUCACAUACCACCUGAAUCCAGCAUUCAGAAUGGUUGUGUAGAAAACAAAGGAGCUGAGCUGUCUGUGAUAAAGAAUGAUGUAAAAAGUGUACAGGAUAAUUCUAUAGUCAAUCAUUUGAACCCUGGUCCUGGUGACCAAACAAAACCUACUGAAGAUACAGCUAAAAUGCCUGAACGCAAGCCAUCUGUCACUUUUGCCCCGUCUGUGAAAAUUGAUGUAGAUAAUGAUGGUGAAUCUACGAAGUCAAAGAAGAAAGAUGAAGACACAAAGUCUUCCCGGAUGUCGCCAAACCAUCGAUUCAUGAAACUUGAUGAAGAAGUUGGCAGAGGGUCAUUCAAGACGGUACAUAAAGGCUUAGAGAUCGACACAGGAGUACACGUUGCUUGGUGUGAGCUCCAGGACAAGCGAUGGAGCAAAAAUGAUCGCAAGCGUUUCAAAGAGGAGGCAGAAAUGUUGAAGGAGCUUCAGCAUCCAAACAUUUUACGCUUCUUUGAUUAUUGGGAGGAGGAAGGCUCUCACAAGCAGAAAAUUAUUGUACUUAUCACGGAGUUGAUGACUUCUGGAACCCUCAAGACGUACCUGGGACGUUUCAAGAAGCUGAACCUGAAGGUUUUGAAGAACUGGUGCCGCCAGAUCUUGAAGGGCCUUCAGUACCUGCACACCCGGACUCCUCCGAUCAUUCACCGUGACUUGAAGUGUGACAACAUAUUCAUCACGGGAACCACUGGAUCUGUCAAGAUUGGCGACAUGGGGUUAGCCACAUUGAAAAGCAAUUCAUUUGCUAAAAGCGUUAUAGGUACACCGGAGUUCAUGGCGCCCGAGAUGUAUGAAGAGCACUACGACGAGGCCGUGGACGUCUACGCCUUUGGGAUGUGUAUGCUGGAGAUGGCCUCUUCCGAGUACCCCUACAAAGAGUGUCACAACCCGGGUCAGAUCUAUCGCAAAGUCACGACUGGUGUGCAUCCAGAGGCGCUGGAAAAGGUCAGGGAUCCUGAAAUCCGAGAAAUCAUCGAAGGAUGUAUACAGACCAAGAAGGAAGAAAGACUGACGGUGAAAGCUCUCUUGGCCCACGACUUCUUCUUGGAGGACACAGGCCUCCUGGUGGAGUUGAUUCGCAACGAGGACGAGAUCGCGGACAAGCAGGUGAUCCCUCUGCGUCUGCGUGUGGUGGACCCCAAGAAGCGGAGGGAUACGCACAAGGAGAACGAAGCCAUACAGUUUGACUUUGACCUGGGGCAGGACCAGGCCGAGGAGAUUGCUGCUGAUUUGGUGAAAUCGGGCUUUCUGUUGGACGACGAUAAGCGCAUUGUGGCGAAACAGAUUCGAGACAGGGUGGCGCAAGUAAGGAAAAAUCGGGAAAAGAAAAUUGGUGAAUUGCAGCAGCUGCAACAGCAAAAUAUUAAAUCUGCUGAGGGAAGCCAGCAGCAAGUCCCCCAGACUCCAGUGCCGGGACAAGUGGCUUCUGUGGCCCACCCCCAACAACCAGCCACCAACAUGUCACAGUCUCAGCAGCCACAGCCGCAGCAGCAGCAGCAGCAGCAACAACAACACCCAGGCCAGGUAUCGGGGAAGCCGGGCGUCCAACAGCCCCCGCCCGUGAGUGGAGCCUACUCCCCAACAGCCAAUGCGAACUACCCACAGCAAGGCCUGCAGGGCACAGCUCACCAGGCCACUCAGCAGUCUCACGCUGUCGCUGAGGAACAUGGUACCGGUGACAAGACAGCUGAUACUGGAUCUUGUGUCAGUGACAUCAACAUCACUCACAGCAGCUCCCAGCUGUCCUCCACUUCGUCAGCGAGCAACUUGCAAGGUGGAGACCACCCUUCUUCUCACCAGCUCAGACUUAAGUGCAGGUUGCGGGAAAAGGCUGGCAACCUGUCUCAUCUGGACCUGUCGGCGGCCCAGCAGUACCAGCAGUCAGUACAGCAGUCGCAGCCGCAGAGCUCGGCGGCCAUGUCGAACGCAGCCAGCCUCCAGGCCACGGCCACGCCCAGCGCGAGUGGACUCAACUCGAGCGCAUCGGCUCUGGGCCUCAACGAGGAGUCAUCCCACUCCAACAGGGACAGCGAGAACGAGUGUCAGGAGAAGGCGAAGAGGAAGACGCGUCGUCGCAAAAAGAACCUGGAGAAGCAGCACCCGAAGGUGACGAUCAUCUCGUACGACCAGGAGCUGGACGACGUGGAGGUGCUGCUGGAGGUGGCCAACAACAACCUGACCUGCAAGUUCCCCCGCAACUCCAUACCCCGCGCCGACGAGGUUGAGGAGGAUCUGCUUCCGGACGCGGGCAAGACUCAGAUUGAGGGAGUGACGGGCCUGCUGCACCAGGUGAUCCAGAUAGUGACCCAGGAGGGGACCAACGCCGUUGGUCAGGUGCUCUCUCUCUCCCCCUCCUCCAGCCCCACCACCAUCAGGAAGUUUAGGAUCAACGUGGAGAGUAGGAAGGGAAGUGGUGAAGAGGGCUCCGGGGUGAAGGGUCAACACCGUAAGAGCGGGCUGAUCGUGACCCACCAGACCCAGAACCCAGACUACAAGAUAGCGGAGGACGAGCAGGAGGAGCCGUCAACCUCCCCGGAGAACUGCCCUGAGAGCACCACGGCCACCCACACGCAUGGAGCUGUGCUCACCGCAGACCUGGAGCAGAAGUCGUGGAAGUCCACCACGGCCAAGGAGACGGUGCCCAUCAACAUUGGGGAGCUGCAGGAGAAGCUCAAGUCCAUCUACCCGCAGAAAGGUUCGGCGGUGGGCCCCCCUGUGUCAGCAACGGUCCCCUCCAACCACCCCCCUCCUCAGUCAGCGGGCGUGAUGGACCCAGGGCCCUCUAACAAGGUGUCGGAGCCCGCCGGCCAGAUGGCCCCGCCCCCCGUGGUGGCCCCACAAAGUCAGGUUCAGGCGGCGGCUGCUCCAGCAGGGGGCGCUGUUUACCAGACGCAAGGGCCGCCUCCGAGCCAGCAGCCUCUGCCCACCCAGGCCUCGUACCCUACCCAGGUGGCCGCCCCUGCCCAACAGCCGGCGCCUCAAGCCAUGCACACACAGCCACAGCCACAGCCGGCGCAGGACAUGUCGGUGGGGCCUGACGGGACACAGGUGUCACCCAGGAAUCUCCAGCAAAGCCAGCAAGCCGGUCAGCCUUCUUCCCAGCCCAUGUCCAGCCAACAACAACAACACGCCCCCAACCAGCAACAACAACAACACGCCCCCAGCCAGCAAUACUCCAACCUUACCCAGCCCCACAUCCUCCCCAAAGAGCAGGCAAUGGGAGACGGAGGAGGAGGAGCCCCCACCCACCACCCCCCCGGUCAGUCCCUCCCGCCCACCGCCAGCGUCCCUCUGGAUCAGAUGGCGGCCAAAUCGGCGGGCUCUACUAGCUACUCUGGUAACCCAGCAACAGCUGCGGGCUCUGCUCCCCCCCACAUGGGUUACGGCAUGCACUACAGCCCGGCACAGAUGCAGCAGAUGUUUGCCAUGAUGCAGCACAUGAUGCACAUGCCCACCUUCGGCUUCCACCAGCCCAACUACUACGCACACACGUCACCCUACAUGCAGGCCAUGAUGAUGUCGCACCUCAUGCACCAGAUGCAGCAGCAGCAGCAGCACAGCGCCGGCGGCCAGCAACACCCGCAACACGCCCCUGUACACAUGACCAUGCCGUUUGGCGCGCAGUACCCUCCGGGCUGGAACUACCCCUCCUCCGUCGGUCUUCCUCCCCCGUCUUCGACCUCUGCGGCUACAGCAGAGAGCCACCCCGCCAACCCCAGCACCUCUUCCUCCUCCUCCCCGCCCAGAUCCCCAACCUCCAGCAGACGGAGCCUGGCCCAGGAAGUGCCCGCCCAGUCCCCGUACGCCUCCAUUGAGAACCUGACCUCCGUGGGUCGCGUCAUGCCAAAAGCAGACAUUAACUACUUAGAGCAAGCCCUAGCUAAGACCAUGGGCCGGUUGAAUGCUAGUCACCCCUACCAACAACACAGCAACCCCUCGGCCAGUAGUAGCGGAACCACCCUGCACGACAACAACACGCUGCCAGACCCAGCUAGACCCGCUGAGCACCUCGCCCCGCCCCCUGUGGAAGUGAAAGAGAUAAAGAGCGAGGAGGAGAAGCCUGCGCCAGUGCCUGCAGAUGUGAAGCCACCCACCGACCCCCCAGCACCUCCACCCGCACCCACCGAGACGCAGUCAGAGCCCGACCUGUCGGCCCCCAAAGUGAAAGCUUUCUCUCGGUUCAAGGUGGAGGCGGUGAAGGACGACCCCUACCUCAGCGCCAAGCCGGAAGAGCCGGCGUCGGUGGAGGGGGUUAGUGCCCCUGCCCACAAAGCUGAUGACUCGGUGGUGGCGCCCCCGGCAGCCGUGGAGGGAGUCAAGCCGCAACAGCAAAAGUCUGAGAAACGCGGCCGCUUCCAAGUAACAAAGAUCCCCAGUGAGCCGGCGGAAGCGAGACCAACAGCAGAGACAGCAACGCCAGCAUCCGCUACAGAGGAAGCUGCAGACAGCCGCCACACAUCCGCCCCCGCUCCUCCUGUACCUACUAACCCUAGUGUGUCAGAAGAGGCCGGUGCUAAGCAUGCGGGGCCUGACACUGCUUGCAAUACUAUAACAACCCCUAACCCAGCCACUGUUGUUGCAGGUGGUGGUGGUGGUGCUGGUGGUGGGACUAUUGAGGAGCCACUGCCUAAGCUCGCUAGUGUUGAGGUGGGAGGAAAACGGCCAGACAGCCCUGAGAAGAUCAGCCCACAGAAAGUGAAAGAUGAGUUGCUUGCCCUGCAGGUGGAUACUGGAUACCAGGCCUUGCUCGACAGGCAAAUAGAAGAGAAGCGGGAGUACCUGAGCAUCAAGGGCUACGACAAGGAAGUCAUCAACUUGGAGCUCCACAAGCAUCGCCAACACCAUCCAUUCCUGACGGACGCAGUGGGCUCCCCGGCCUUCCUGGGAGGGGUUUCCCCUCCCUUCAACUCGCAGGGCUCGCCCGGACACGUCAAUCUCUUCUCCGGGUAUUCCCACUUUGGAGAUCAGAACUUUGAGGCGUGUGCUGCCGAAGCUGCGGCCAUGGCUGCCAAAGCGCCUCUUCGCAUGGACGCGGGCCUCCGGGGUAAGAACCCGCGCGGAUUUGAGGACCUGAUGAAGUAUGUGGAUUUCUCCACCCAAGCUGGACAGACCGGGGUGGCCAGCGCUGCCAAGAUGGACGGCAAGAAAUCGCUGAACGAGCUGCGCCAGGAACAAGAGCCUCGCUGGGACAACUUUGACAGUGUGGGCUCGAGCGGGCUGGGGAGUAGCACGGGGGCCGAGCUGCUGGACACCACCAGGGACACCAGCGCCAGCAACAGCCGCAAGUCGAGUGUCGACAUGUCGGGCUCACACACCUCCUUGCCCGAGCUGCUGCGCACUUACCAACAGCACCAACAACAGCAACAGCACGCGCAGCCCGUGGUGUCGGGUGUGAGCGGCCAGCCUCCCCCGGGGCAGACGGGCGUGCUGAUCCAACAGCAACAACAGCACCAGCACCACCAGCACAGCGCUGUGGCUGCUCCCCCUCCCCCCCAGCCAGCGAUGCCGGCCCCCCACUCUGUGAACCCGGCUGCCUUCAACCCCUUCCUCGCCAGCCAGUUCCCCCCCUUUGCGGCGGCCAUGCAUCCAUUCGGAGGUUUCCACUCAUUCCCCAUGACCACGGCCAGCCAGCAGGUGGCCUACCCUCCCCCCUCUGUGGCCACGGCUGUAGGACACCACCAGUACCCGGCACACCCACCCUCCUACACUGUCCCCCCGUCUGGGCUGUACCCGGGCCAGCCUGUGGCGGUCCCAGAUAGCUCGAGGCUGUCCUCUGCCCCAGUGAAAGGUGCACCGUCUGUGGCCCACCCCCCCAGUACAGCCACCAGCAUUCCCAGCAACAACCCUCCCCCUCCCAGCGGACAACAACAACAACAACAACAUCAGAUGCCGGCAGCCCAGGCGCAGCCCGCUGCCGCUGUUGCGGCCUCUGUUGGCGCGGCUGCCCCCGCCCCCACUCAGCAAGCUGCCCCUUCCUUACAACAACAAGAGACUGGCCAACCCCCCAGCGGGUGACUGUGGUGAACUUCACCCCCAAGUCUUUCAUUCCCAUACAUUCAUCUUGCCUUUGGCUUUACUUGUUUUGUGUUCUGAUUUGUAUGGCUAUUUAUUCGUGAAGCCCAGCUUAAUCUUUCAUAAUGGGUAUUCAAACACUUCAUUUAUUGGUCUUUCAAGGUUGUCUGACACUUUGAAGUUCCUUUGUGCAUGGGUGUGUGGUGGGUGCGUGUUGACUGAGAUUGUACCGUUCUGCUUACUGCAACUUGCUCACAACAACAGGCCAAUGUUGGGCCAGAUCUGUCAACCACUUUCAUGUUGUUUUUUUGGCCUGUUGAAGAACCCCGAUCGGACUUGCAUAAAAUCUAAUUUUUUCUUUCUCGUGUUCUGACUGAAUCAGUCAUAAGCAAACAGCCGUAAAUGCUGUGGAACUGCACUGGUUCAUUUGCAUUAGAUCUAUUAUGCGUGACUUAUUGUAAAUGACGUGAAAAUACACAUUUUAAUUUAUGUUUAUUUACAAAACACGUUUAUUUGCUACUUUCGAUUUGUAACGUUAUCUUAACGUACUGGGGUUCUGGGGAUGGUUAUUUCCCACCUUAGACUCCCCUCUUAUAGAGGGGGGAUUUUGAGGAAAAUUUGUGUUUUUGGUCAUGGAGUGGUUGGCAGGUCUGAGGGGAGGGGGAUGGGGGUGGUUGAAAUAAAACCCAGCAAGGACAUUAGGUAAUUAACUCUCUUGGUCUUGUAUAACUUGUCAUUUGUCUGGAGGGGCCGGUGUCCCUUGUUCUCACAUUGCUGUUGAUUCUCCUUCCCUGAUGGGGAGUGUGUGAGACAAGCUGUCCGUGGGAGGGGGGGGUUAUUAAUGUUCUGUGGUUUUCGCUCCAUUGAGUUACGAGUCCUUUGCUAUGUUUAGUGUAGACAGCUAUGUGGUCUUAUCCUGUGGGUGCUGGGAAGAGCGGACCCUCUCUACUGGUGCUUUUUGCUUGCAGCUUUGUUCCAAGCCUUGCUCCCUUUUGUUUGUUUUUUUAAUACUGAGGUUUUUUAAUCUGUGCAAAAAGAUAAGUCUCUUGUUCUCAUUGUUCUUCAGUGGGUUUCUUGUCAUGAUCGGAAGGAAUUGUUUUGGCUUUCACACUUCAAUAUAAUCAGAAAUGUUAAAAUUGGAAUUUGGUAUGUUGGUCUGCCGAGCAGAGUUGUUGUAAAGUUGGCCCCAGUAGAAGUGUGACAAUAAAAGAGAGUUGAGGUACCUGUGUCUGUGGUUUAGUGCUCAGUAGUUUCGCCGUCGCACGCAGGAGACGCAAGUUCCGUUUCUGAACAGGGAGAAUUUUCAUUGAGUAUCUUGGUGUUUCUGCAGGGAUAUUUUUCCCUCUCAGCCUGAGUUGGUCCUAACACGCAGGGUGGGAAACCUGCCUUUUAAAUGAUAGAAAUUGUGUGGAUGGGGGCGUAAAAACAUGUCCAUUGAAGGACUGGGUGU